AUGGAGGGAGAUAACUCAUCAAACGAUGUAUACAGAGAGUGUCUCAGAAAUCAUGCAGCUAGCCUCGGCAGCUACGCCACCGACGGGUGCGGAGAAUUCACACUCGAUGACACCUCGUCCCCGGGCGGACUACAAUGCGCCGCCUGCGGCUGCCACCGCAACUUUCACCGCCGAGUCACCUACGCACCCGGCAUAGGCAGAUCAUCUGGAGCCGGCACUGCUCAUCAUCGUGUCAUUAGCUGCAGAAGCCGAGGAGAUCUUCACCACGAGAUGAUGACGUCACAGGAACUGAUUGACUACAAUGUUGGUGGUGGAGGAGGAGCAGCUGCGCGGCAGAUGAUGGUCGUGGAGUCGCCGGACAGCGGGGACAGGAGUGGCAGCGGGAGGAAGCGGUUCAGGUCCAAGUUCACGGUGGAGCAGAAGGAGAAGAUGCUGGCGUUUGCGGAGAAACUCGGGUGGAAGUUGCAGAGGAGAGAUCUGGAAGAUGAGAUUGAGAGGUUCUGCAGAAGUAUUGGGGUGAGCAGGCAGGUUUUCAAAGUGUGGAUGCAUAAUCAUAAGAACCUCUCCUCUUCUUCGUCUGCAUCAACUACUGCCAAUGCAUCUUCUCUCACAACCCAGUAACUAAUUAAUCAGUGUUGGUUAACUAGUUAGCUUGGACUGCUCAUAUCAACGCGUACGUCUCUCUCCGCUGUUUCUCUCUAGGAUUCUAGGGUAAGUAGAAUAAUUUUAAUCAGUGUCAAUUUUCCUUCUAUGUUCUCCCUUUCUCCCUCCUCUCUCGCUCAACAUUUGAUUAAGCUCUUAGGUCUGAGACUUGGCUGUAAUUUGAUUGUAGUAUAUUGGAAUGCCAUUUUCUUAACUUUCACUAAACUUAAUCAAACUUG